AUGAAAGCUUGUUCUACUUGGUUUGUGGCCUUGGCUACGCUUCUUUCUACUACCACGCUUGCCAACCCCCUCGACAAGCGUGCUACUCUUGAUGAGUGUCUUGCCUCCAACGGUGUCCCAACGUACGCCAAGAACACUGGCAACUACACUCAGGCGAUAAAGCCGUUCAACCUUCGUGUGCCUAUCACGCCUGCCUCUUAUGCUGUGCCAUCGACUAUCAAGCACAUUCAAGAUGCCGUGGCCUGUGGCGUUGCAGCUGGAAUCCGAGUCUCUGCCAAGUGUGGAGGACACAGCUAUGCCUCGUUUGGUCUUGGAGGAGAGGACGGCCACUUGGUCGUUGACAUGCGUCGCUUCAACAAUGUCACUGCCGAUCCAGUUACUCACACCGCCGUGAUUCAAGGAGGUGGACGACUGGGUGACAUUGCAACAAAACUGUAUGCUCAAGGAAAGCAAGCCUUCAGCCAUGGAACCUGCCCUGGCGUUGGCAUCUCAGGCCUCACUCUCCACGGCGGCUAUGGCCUCUCCUCGCGCACUCACGGCCUCGCCCUCGACCAAGUCAUCUCCAUGACCGUCGUCUUGGCUGACAGCAGAGUCGUAACAGCCUCCGCCACCGAGAACCCCGACCUCUUCUGGGCUCUCCGUGGCGCAGGCGGCGCCUUUGGCAUCGUCGUCGACUACAAAUUCAAAACCUACGACGCACCCGAGAACAUCAUAAACUUCACCUACAACUUCUCCCCCUCCAACACCUCGCAACUUGCCAAAGUCCUCUCCACCCUCCAAAACUUCAGCUUGUACGACCAGCCCGCAGAACUAAACAUGCGUACCUUCGUCCCGGGCCAACUCACCGGCGUCUACUACGGCAACCGCUCCUCCUACGACGCAAUCAUGCUCCCCCUCCUCGACAAAAUCGGUGCCAAAAGCUCCGGUUCCGGCACCUCCGUCUCCGUCAAAGGCUGGAUCGACACACUGACCGCUUUCGCCUUCGGCCCCUUGCCCCAGGCGGAAAUCUACGACACCCACGAGAACUUCUACGCCAAGUCCCUCAUGACGCAGCCUCUGUCCGAAAAAGCCAUCUACGCCCUGGCAGACUACUAUUUCACCACCACCGUAAAGAUCCAGCGCGGAUGGUACCUCCUGAUUGACCUGCACGGCGGCAAGAGCUCCGCCGUGUCGGCCGUGCCCAACAGUGCGACGGCGUACUCGCACCGCGACGCCGUCUUCAAGAUGCAAUUUUACGAUCGCAUCAUGAACAGCGAUACAUAUCAGUCGAGUUACUUUUCUUUCCUAGACGGGUGGGUCAGUGCGAUUGAGAGUGCGACGCCUGGCGAGCAGUUUGGCGCGUAUAUCAACUAUGCGGAUCCGAGGUUGAGCAAGGAUGAGGCGCAUAAGAGGUACUGGGGUGAGAAUUACGAGAAGUUGGUCAAGUUGAAGGCGGUGUAUGAUCCCAAGAAGGUGUUUGAGGGGCCGCAGUUGGUGGCAAGCUAG